UUUAGUGGUUGCCUUUUGCCACCUUCAUUCUUUUUUUUCUUUUUUUUUCUCACAGAAAACUCUUCUUACUUUCCGUCACUUUCUCGGGAAUGUAAUGUGUUUUUCUCCCAACUGAUAUUUUUUUCUUACCUGUUUUUAAUUUAUUUCUUCUUCUUCUCUCUGUAGUAAAGAAAAGGUCUUUUCUGUUCUAUCUCGUUAAAAAAAAAAAAAUUGAUCUUGCUGAGAAUGGACGUUGACCUCUGCCAAUACAGCGAUUUACACCCACCGAGAGCGUGGGUAUUGAUUGACUUGAAAGUUUAGGGUUCAUCAAUUAUUGGUCUUUCGGCAUUUCUGGUGAAUUGGGUUUUUUUUUUAAGUAACUAACAGCGAUUUUGGUAUCUGGGUCUGAAGAGUGUGUGUGUGAGAGAAUUGAGGGGUUUAAGAUUGUUGAUGGAUACGCAUGGUAAGGAUUCAAAUGGCUGCAAAGAUAGCCCUUCAGUAGAUUCUAAGGCUGAGAAACUCCUUAAUGGAGUAGAUGAUGAUAGUGAUUGCAACUCUUUGUUGCCUCCCCGGAGAGGUGGGAUGUCUAGAAAAUCAGAUAAAGUACGACGAAAAGUUCAGUGGAAUGAUAGGAAUGGGGAUAAGCUUGCUGAGGUGGUCGAAUUUGAACCAAGCGAUGUAAGUGACUCUGAGGACGAGGAAUCGGAUUCUUGCAUAUGCAUCAUAAUGUAGAUAACAUUUCACUUCAAUACACCAGUUUAUCAGGAAAUUCAGCUUAUCAAACAAUCAGGCAUGCUCUACAAUCUACAAUCUGUUUCGACGAGUUUUUUUGUUUUAAUUAUACAUAGUGGCCUCUCGAAGUAUAGACAACAAAGACCCGGAUAGGAAGACAACAUUGUUCAGAUUUGCAUCCAAUUUCAGUUAUAUUCUUGCAGGGAGAUUCUUCCAAGGUAUCAAAACAGACAAGGAAGAAGACAAGAAUGUCUUCCCUCCAUGUGUAACAUAUUUACUGAUAAUGAGCUCUUUCCCUGUUUCUUUUACUACUUAUCUCGGUAUGUAUUUUAGUAUACUAUAAGCUCGUUCGCCAUAAUACUUCGAUAUAUAUGUUUCCCUCCCUUUCCUCCAUUGCCUCAGCACCAGAAAACACAAAAUGUCUAUAUAUAUAUUUCACUGUAUAUGAGUUUCAAUUUUGUGUACCAAUUAUUGUUGUGUUCCCAGUUGAGACUGUUUGGCCAUUUAAGUAAUAUAUUCAAUCCAACAGAUUAUUUAUGCCA